GCCCAGCCCCGCGGGCCACGGCAGCUUUGCAUCCUCCCAUCCUCGGAGAGACCCCUCCCCCGCGACGGCGGUGUCUCCAGCCAGUCGCUGUCUCCGGCACGUGUAGGAAGAAGCUCUGUGAUGUGUGGAUUGUAAAUUUGGCCAAGCAAACUGGGCUCUUCACAAGGUACAACUAGACGUGAGGACUAGGAUGGAAGAGUCGGCAUCAGUGGGAAGCCAGGGCCGGCUCCCAAGUCCCCACCAGGGCUCUCUGAGGAAGGCUGUGGCUGCUGCCCUGGCCCUGGAUGGGGAAUCCACGAUGGGUAGCAGGAAGAAGAAGAAGAAGGAGUUCCGCCCAGAAUCCAUCAUCAUCUACCGGUCAGACAAUGAGAAAAUGGACAAGGAACCUGGGGAAUCAGAAGGUGGAGACCAGCCUAAAGAGGAGGAAGGAGAGGACUUCCUUGACUACCCUGCUGAUGAUGGUAUGUGGAACAUGCCUUUGGACAGCCGCUAUGUCACAUUAACGGGGACCAUCACACGAGGGAAGAAGAAGGGGCAGAUGGUGGACAUCCAUGUCACAUUGACUGAGAAGGAGCUGCAGGAACUGACCAAGCCUAAAGAGUCGUUGAAGGAAGCAACGCCUGACGGCAGAAAGAUCUGCCCGGUGGCAGCAGACCGUGGGCCCCACGUGGUCCUCUGGACGCUGGUCUGCCUGCCUGUGGUUUUUAUUCUCUCUUUCGUGGUCUCUUUCUACUAUGGCACUAUCACUUGGUACAACAUCUUCCUUGUGUACAAUGAGGAGAGGACCUUCUGGCACAAGAUCUCGUGUUGCCCCUGCCUCAUUCUCUUCUAUCCAGUGCUCAUCAUGGCCAUGGCCUCCUCGCUGGGCCUCUAUGCUGCUGUGGUUCAGCUCUCAUGGUCCUGGGGAGCCUGGUGGCAAGCUGCCCGGGACAUGGAGAAAGGCUUCUGUGGCUGGCUUUGCAGCAAGCUGGGUCUGGAGGAGUGUUCUCCUUACAGCAUUGUGGAGUUGCUUGAAUAUGACAAUAUUUCAGGCAAUCUCUCCACCAAGGACCCCACACAGGACGUAGAAACUUCCACUGUCUAAACUCCCAACAGCUUACUUCUUCCUCUGGUCCCAGUAGUCUGUAUAUCAUCUUCCAAUUGCAAAAGAUUCUUUCUUUAAAUUAUUCCCACCCCCUUCUCUCAGUUCCGGAAAAUUCCAGCCCACAGUGAUCUGCUGUACCAUUUUGAUGGUUCUAAGAGGGCAGGGAACAGAAAAGCAACUUAUGUGAAAGUUGCUCAUACAAUGGACAAACUCUUCUUCACUCCCUGUGCUAAAACAGCCAUUUAUCUGGGACAGAGAGCUGGGCUGUGUAUCAUUUCAGGAGCUUGAAGGUGUUACUGGUGCCAGGAGUCCAGGGUAGCAUGUGACAGGGAGAAUAAGGAGGCUCUGGGGGGACCAAUAAAAUACUAGAUAACAAUGCAGUGAAACAUUCAGAAAGCAGGCAUACCACAGUGUAUCAGAAAGUAGAGAUUUGCGUGUAUCACUUAGAGUUAUUUAGCUGCUUAUAAUUGAUAUCCCCAAACAUCAGUGGUUUAAACAAGAGAGAAGUUUCUUGUGUAGAAGUCUGGAGGCAGACCGUCCCCUGACGUUCCCUGAGUCACGGGAACCCAGGCUUCUUUUAUUUCCCUACCAUUGGUGAGAUGUGACCCCCAUCACCCCUUUCUUCAACACCCGCAUGCUAAUUACAUAUGCUGCCAGCUCACUGUUUCUGGCAGAACAGAGGGAGGGGCAAAGAAGCACAUUCUCUGUAGUCAAGGACACUUCGCAGAAGUCUCACACAACACUUCUUGUAUCACAUUGGCCACACCUUAGUCACAUGACCUCACAAGCAAAAGAGGCUGCAAAAUGUUUCUGGAGCAGUUACAUGCUAGGUUAAAUAUUGUGGUUAUGUUAAUUUAAGAGGAAGGGGAAAAAGAAGAAUAGCUAUUUUGGCAGGCAGGGAAGAAUCCCAGUAAUUAUUUAAAUACAUUCAGAUUCCAAACUGCUAAUAUAGCUUUAUUUAUUUAUUUAUUUAGGUCUAAAUCUUACAUAGAUUUUAUAUAUAGGUACUAGCUAUAUAUACUAUGUAUAUGCUAUACAGAAAUGUUAGUAACUCAUGUACUUGGCAAUAAAAUGUAAUGUCACGUAGUUUCAGGGUCUUUUAGAAGGAAAGACUAAACAGUUGAGUAUGAUUAUAUAAUAGUAGCAUACCUGUUUUCUCUGGUAGUGAAGGUGGGACUGUGAUAUUUUAUUUACAGAUUAAAGACUUUCACGGGAGGCUUGCAUCUGUCACGUACCCCCCUGCCCAUCCCCAACAGGGUUCAGUAACCCUAAAUAGGAAGAGCAAGUUGAAUUAUCACAGGUCAGCAAGUUUUGGAGCUUUGGAGCCUUACAAGAAUAGUUGGUACUCAUUUCUUAUUGAUAUCUCAGCAAGAAGCUGUUGAAAGAACUGCAAAUCAGACCAGACUAGUCGGGCAUGCAUUCCCACAAAAGCCCAGGGCUCUUUGCCUAAUGCAUGGUGCUGAAAUCCAUCUUCAGAAAACACCCCACCCCUCUUUAAUUAACUACUUUUAGUUUGACAAAAUCAACAUUCUGUCCAGAAUUCUUGAAGAUAACCUUGGUGC